AUGGAAUAUGGGAGAAGGGGAUGGAAUCUGGGAGAAGGGGAUGGAAUCUGGGAGAAGGGGAUGGAAUCCGGGAGAAGGGGAUGGAAUAAAGGAGAAGGGGAUGGAUUCUGCGAGAAGGGGAUGGAAUCUGGGAGAAGGAGAUGGAAUGAGGGAGAAGAGGAUGGAAUCUGGGAGAAGGGGAUGGAAUCUGGGAGAAGGGGAUGGAAUCUGGGAGAAGGGGAUGGAAUCUGGGAGAAGGGGAUGGAAUCUGGGAGAAGGGGAUGGAAUCUGGGAGAAGGGGAUGAAAUCUGGGAGAAGGGGAUGGAAUCUGGGAGAAGGGGAUGGAAUCUGGGAGAAGGGGAUGGAAUCUGGGAGAAGGGGAUGGAAUCUGGGAGAAGGGGAUGGAAUCUAGGAGAAGGGGAUGGAAUCUGGGAGAAGGGAUGGAAUCUAGGAGAAGGGGAUGGAAUCUGGGAGAAGGGGAUGGAAUCAGGGAGAAGGGGAUGGAAUCUGGGAGAAGGGGGUGGAAUAUGGGAGAAGGGGGUGGAUUCUGGGAGAAGGGGAUGGAAUCUGGGAGAAGGGGAUGGAAUCUGGGAGAAGGGGAUGGAAUCUGGGAGAAGGGGAUGGAAUCGGGGAGAAGGGGAUGGAAUCUGGGAGAAGGGGAUGGAAUCUGGGAGAAGGGGGGAGAAGGGGAUGGAAUCCGGGAGAAGGGGAUGGAAUAUGGGAGAAGGGGAUGGAUUCUGCGAGAAGGGGAUGGAAUCUGGGAGAAGGAGAUGGAAUGAGGGAGAAGAGGAUGGAAUCUGGGAGAAGGGGAUGGAAUCUGGGAGAAGGGGAUGGAAUAUGGGAGAAGGGGAUGGAAGCUGGGAGAAGGGGAUGGAAUCUGAGAGAAGGGGAUGGAAUCUCGGAGAAGGGGAUGGAAUUUGGGAGACGGGGAUGGAAUCUGGGAGAAGGGGAUGGAAUCUGGGAGAAGGGGGUGGAAUCUGGGAGAAGGGAAUGGAAUCGGGGAGAAGGGGAUGGAAUAUGGGAGAAGGGGAUGGAAUCUGGGAGAAGGGGAAGGAAUCUGGGAGAAGGAGAUGGAAUGAGGGAGAAGAGGAUGAAAUCUCGGAGAAGGGGAUGGAAUCUAGGAGAAGGGAUGGAAUGUGGGAGAAGGGGACAGAAUCUGGGAGAAGGGGAUGGAAUCUGGGAGAAGGGGAUGGAAUGAGGGAGAAGAGGAUGGAAUCUGGGAGAAGGGGAUGGAAUCUAGGAGAAGGGGAUGGAAUCUGCGAGAAGGGGAUGGAAUUUGGGAGAAGGAGAUGGAAUCUGGGAGAAGGGGAUGGAAUCUUGGAGAAGGGGAUGGAAUGA